AGGCUGAGGCUGCUCCCCAGAGUGAGGCAAGUUCUAGCAGAUUUUCGUUGGAUGCCAUUUAGAGGCCGAGACUAUCCUGACCGCUCUCAGCUCUGUGGUACCAGAUUUAAUCUUCCCAGCCAGGGAGAAGAGGGUUUUCUGAAACUUGCCCAUGGGAACAUGGGGUUCUGCUAUCAACAGACCCUGAAGAGGAAGCCAAUAGCUGUGGACACCACAUCCUGUUUCUAGUGUGCCGUCUUAAGGGCUCAAGAAAGGCGUGGGGAAAAAAAAAGAUCUCACUGUCUCUUGUGACUGCUGAUAUUUGAGAUCCAGAAGUCUACCCAUGGCUCCUUAUCACAUCCGCACGUACCAGGAGAGGGACCGCAAAAGAGUCCUAGAACUGUUCUCCAUGGGCAUGGAGGAACACAUCCCUGCCACCUUCCGCCACCUGCUGAAACUGCCCCGAACCCUCCUGCUGUUAAUUGGGGUGCCUCUUGCCACAGUCCUGGUGUCUGGCUCCUGGCUCCUGGCUGUUGUAUGCAUUGUCUUUCUGCUUCUAUUCUUGCGGUUCCUUGCAGGCCAACCCUGGAAGAAUUAUGUGUCCAUGUGUUUGCACACAGACAUGGUUGAUAUCACCAAGUCCUACCUGAGUGUGUCUGGGGCGGGUUUCUGGGUGGCUGAGUCUGGGGGACAGGUAGUAGGGUCAGUGGCUGCUCAGCCAGUCAAGGAUCCCCCAUUAGGAAGGAAGCAGCUGCAGCUCUUUCGCCUGUCUGUGUCCUCACAGCAUCGAGGACAGGGGAUAGCGAAAGCCCUGGUCAGAACUGUCCUCCAGUUUGCGCGGGACCAGGGCUACAGUGACGUUGUCCUUGAGACCAGUGUCAUACAGCAAGGUGCUGUGAGCCUCUAUGAGGCUAUGGGAUUCCAAAGGACAGGCCUAUUCUUACUGGACGGCAUUGUCGGAAGGGUUGUUGAUUUUUUUGUAAUUCGUUUCACGUACCCUCUCCCAUCUGCUCAGGAACCCAGACUUUGAUCUUAUUUCUUUCCACAUCUGUCACACUCCAUUUCACUGUACUGUAACAAGGAAACCAUGAUAUUUCAGUGGAUAAAUAAUAAAGGCACGUAUUUCAGGUUCUUUGGAUUGCUGUCUGUUUGACAAUGGGUGACAAAUC